GGGCGCUCGCGUGCCAUGGCGGCGGCGGGCCUGGGCCGGCUGGGCUGGCGGGCCUUGGGCCUGGCCGCAUCUCGGGCCUGGGCGCGGAGGGGCGCCUCCGCUCGCGCCGUGAGCCUGUGGAACCCGCUGCCACCAGGGACCGGCGCCCGGCAGCCGCUCUGGGCCCCUCCGGCGCGCCGGCACGGCCACGAGUCUGCGCUGGAUCACCUGGCCGGGAUCGCUCCGGGAGCAGCCGGCCCGUCCCCGGCGGGGCCGCCCCCGCCGCCCGCCUGCGCCUUUCCCGAUGAGCAGGAGGCCUUGUUGGCCCACUGCCCUGAUCAGCCGGAGAACCCCAAAGUCUUGAGAGUUGCCGUUAUUGGGGCUCCCAACGCCGGGAAGUCCACCCUGUCGAACCAGCUGCUCAGACGGAAGAUCCUGCCGGUCUCCAAGAAGGUGCACACAACACGAUGCAAUGCUCAGGGCGUCAUCACAACAGAGGAUACCCAGCUGAUUAUCUUGGACACACCCGGCCUCACCACCUCUGCCAAAGGCAAAAGGCAUAACCUGGAGAAAAACAUGCUGUCUGACCCACUGAACAGCUUGACGGAUGCAGAUUUGGUGCUGGUCCUUGUGGAUGUCUCGGAUCGCUACACACGGGACCGCCUUCACCCACAGGUGCUGCACUGCCUUCAGCAAUUUCCGCAGAUUCCCAGCGUCCUUGUCUUGAACAAGGUGGAUCUGGUGAAGAAGAAAGGCCUUCUGCUGGAACUGGUGGUAGAACUCACCGAAGGAGCUUUGGGUGGGAAGAAGCUGGAAGCCAAGUCUAUGUACAGGACUGGUGUCUCUCGAGAGGCUUACGGGAAGACCCCCGGGAGCUCCCAGGCCUCCGUAGACACCAGGAGCACUCCUGCAGAGCCCGUGGAGUUUCGGGCUGAGAUGGUCACGGCGGAUGCGGGCUCAGCUUCUGCAAAGGAGAGCAGCGCCCCGGAGAAGACCAAGUACCAGAAAGGCUGGCCCCAUUUCCAGGAGAUCUUCAUGCUGGCUGCCCUGGAGGAGGAGGAGGUGGACACUCUGAAGAAGUACCUUCUCAAGCAAGCCCGGCCAGGCCCCUGGGAGUUCCACAGUGAGGUCUUGACCAGCCAGUCACCGCAGGAGAUCUGUGCCAACCUCAUCCGGGAGAAGCUCCUUGAGCACCUGCCACAGGAAGUGCCCUACGCUGUGACGCAGAGAACAGCCCUUUGGGAAGAGGGUCCAGGCGGGGAGCUGAUCAUUGUGCAGAAUUUGGAGGUCCAGAGGGAGAAAUACUUGAAGAUGCUGAUCGGCUUCCAGGGCCAGGUGAUCAGCAGGAUUGCCACUGAGGCUGGCCACGACCUGAUGAACGCUUUCCUGUGUGAAGUGCAGCUGAAGCUCUCCGUUCAGCUGAAGAAAUGAGCCGUCCGGCCCGUCCACCCUGCAAGGACUGGUCACUCUCGGAUGGGUCUCUGUGGGCUUUCCUUUUGGACGCUGCUCCUCUUUGGCCAGAUAGCUAACCUGGAUGGCUCUGCUGCCCUCAGUUUAGAGUCUCCUCCCUCUCGUGCCAGGGACAGUGGCAGCAGCUUGGAAGCACCCCCAGGGCUCUGUCCUUCCCUCCUCAGGUGCCCCACAGGGCUUCCUGAGCUACAGACAGAGGCCUCGUUGUCAGUGGGUCCGAGCCAACGCCGUCCCUACGCUCUUGCUGGGCAGGAGAGACGUGGUGCCAACUCAUGUCUGGUCCCUUGACUUUUUGUGAGUAUUGUACUCUUGCCCUGCCUGGGAGAGAGUGUGGCACCCCUUGGCCUUUGGGGCUCCUCUUGCAGAUGUUGCCAGAGAUGGUGAUAGCAGGGACCGCCUGAUAGCUUCCUUUUCUGCAUGGUGGGGGGGGGGGGUCCUUCGUGAAUCUUUUUUCAACCAAGUGAAGGAACCUCUCUCACCUUCACGACUGUUCUUAAGGCAGAAGUGUGGUAGACAUGCUGCGGUGCAUACAUGGCACACCAAAAAGGCAUCUGGUGCCACUUCCAUCCACACUGAUGCAAGAAGGCACAGGGGGAAGGAUCGGCCAGGUGUCCUGGUGCUGCCACCUGGCCAGCCCUGAGUCACUUGCUCAGCCCUCUGUGAGUAAAGAAUGUUUGGGGUUGGCUGGUCUGGCUGACAUUUAAUUGGAAUAAAAUGCGGUUCCUGCUCAAACAUUUCUAUGUUCUUCUCAGAUGACAGGGAAGGCCGUGCUGGGUGAGGGAGAGACAAAGGGUGUUUCACAAUCCAGAAGAGGCUGAAUCCUGUGUGGACUGUAAUACAGGCAACAGCAUGCGUGGUAAGGGUGGGCCGGCCAGGUAGCUGAAGUCACCCAGCAUCACGCCUCUCCCCCUAGAAAGGCUGACAUUGAAAAGAUGCUGGAAAUUGUAGUUCUGUAGCAAAGAAUUCAAAUUACUACAGUUUACAGGAUGGCUGAUUCAGCGUCAGGUUAGAAGAGAGCGGCCUUCCAUGCAGCCUCCUGCCUUGGUUUACAUACGUUUUGGAUGUACGUAAUUGCAAUCUGCUGAUGCAGCGCUAACUGGAUUCAGCCCAUCUAGGUCAGACAGAAAAUUGUUUCCAACAGGGCUUAGUUUAGGGAAAAACUGGUUCUGCCAGAUUAGUUAGCCCUAAAGGGUGUCCUUUGCAAGCUAUCCCCUCUCAGACCAGUUGUUUGAGUUAAAGCAAAUAAAAUGUUAAAUGUACUCAACAAAUGAUUAAUCAGACAAGCUUAGUGAUUUCAUUCGCA